AUGAUGAGAGGAAGAAACGUCCUCGUUCUGAGCUUCCUCCUCUUCCAUCCCGCUGCACAGGCGUUGAUCUCUCCUGAGUUCUGGGAUGGCACUAUGCCUUGCCUCUCAGUGGAUGGGCGGCAGGUGGAGCUGCAGCCUGACUUCACGCGGCAGCAGAGGAAGCAGAGCUCCUACAUCAUGCGUAGCGCCACCAAGCUCCUCCGCGACAUGCAGCACUCGACCUGCUUCCGCGGCUGCUCGCACGUGGACCAAGCUGAGAGCAAGAAGGAAGCGGCGGCAGCGCUGAAAGACAGCAGCCUGAUCGACGUCAACGCGUGGAGGGUGAGCUGGAGCUCGUUGACUGAGGAGGAGAAGAAGUUUAUCGAGGAGGGCCGAAAGCUAUCGGAGAGCAUCAAACAUGUCAGGGUCAGGCUUGCCAACGACCCUUCGCUCAUGGCAUCAGACGAGGGUGCUGUGCUCAUGGAGGAGUUCCAGAAGGGCGUCGCCGUCCUCGAGCAGCUGCGCCUUCAGGUGGCCAACGCUACUGCUCCUUUUCUCAGUGGGAUCGCUGGCGACCUGUCCAAGUCACUGGCACCGCUGCAAGGAUUCCUUAUGACAUGCCAAGACAAGCUGUCGCAUCAGUUCACUCGCUUCAUGUUGGGCCCUGCCGUCUCCUCUGCCCUCGGCAAUGCCCAGGCCCUGUGCGGACUGGCUGCGCUUGUCGAUCUCAUCGAGAUCACCAAGAAAAUUCGCGCGACGUGCGAGGAGGAGAGAGAGGGAAGAGGCUCUCUCCGGAAGGCGCUCCUUCACCUUCACCGCGCUGAGAGUGACGUCUUGUCUGCGGGCUCAGCCCUCGAUCGCAUCAUCAGCGACUCGCUGGCUGAGCGGCAGGUGGACCGUAAGGACAUGAAACUUUUCGCUCUCGAGCAGCAUGACCUCGCCGUUCAGCUCGCCAACGUCCGCAGUCACCUGCUCGUCGCUCGCUCCCACGCUCAGCGGGAGAUCACGUCGUAUGAUCGGAAGGCGAAGCAGUGGGGGCUGAUGAGCAUCCUCCUUGCCGUCAGCUCCAAGCUCGGCGUUACGGCUGCUGGCGCUCUGGCUCCUCUCAGUGAGCUCUCGGUCGGGGCUGCCAUGUCGGUGGCUGCACUACAGUUGGUGAUGCGACUGGUGAGAGGAAGAGUGAAGGACCAGCUCGAUGACCUCCAGCAGCGUCACGACGAGGCCCUCAGUGAGCAUGCGGGGCUGCAUGCUCAAUUCAGCGAGGUGAGAAUCCCUCCUCCUCCUCAGGAGGCACAGGAGAAGGUCAAGGAUGAGCCCAUCUUCCUCCACGCGGGGAACAUCCGCGAGAGAAUCAAGCUGGGAGACCUGGACCACGUCGACGACGAGCACGUGCUCUCACAGCUCCGCUCUCUCGUCAACGAGCCCAACAGCGGCGGCGAGGGAGCGGACAUCGAAGCAGACGAACUUCGCCAGCUGAAGCCACUGAUAGAGAAGCUCUUGAAGCGCAGAGAGGAAGCAGCGAACCAGCAGGCGCGAGCUACUUCGCUGCCUCUCGCAGCUGCCGAGGAUAAGCCGCAAGACUCUGCGGCUUCCGUGGCAUCAACAGAACGCACGUCACAUCCUGCUGAGGUUUUGGAGACGCGGAAACAAUCAGGCAUUCGUCCGCCUUCAGUCCGCCUUUCCACUCCUCCCCACCCUCCCGAUCCUCGUUGCCCCUCGCCCCGAGCUGAGAUUCCAAUUCCACGAUCGCAGCUUCGCCCUCCUUCUCUCGGCCUGACCCGAGAAGCUCGCGAGGUCUCUGCAGGCCCGUGGCGCAAGGAAGGAGCCGUGCGGGUGAAGCUGGAGGAGCGCGCGAGCGUCGAACCUCCUCACCCUCUGCGAGCGACCAAGAAAGUGGCGAUGACUCCCGAUCCCCAAAGCGUCGCGAGGCGAGACUCGCUCUCUGUGGGAGCGAGUGAGGAUGAUGCUGGACGAGGAGAAAGGCGAUUGGAGGAUCAACUGCUGCAGCUCCUGCUGAUGAGGAUGGAAAUUACGUCAGACCCACACAAGAAGCAGACACUCAAGACUCUUGCGGACCAGCUUCGUGAAGCAACUCGUGCUGCUCGCCAGCAGAUGAAAGCGUCCAUGAGGACUGAGAUGGUCUUGAAGGAUUGCGUGGACCCAACGCUGGCACAAAAGAUUCUCGAGGCUCAGGAGGCAGCAGCGCAGCAGACGCAAGCGACGAUGAGGGAGUGUCUACAGGCCACCAUGCUCGCCCUCGAGGACGAAUGCAAUGCCAGAACGGCCAUGGAAGUCGCUGCGGGGAUGCGAGAUGCGAGGGAUGUGGAAGCUUCGUCGGCAGGAGGGAGGGAGGAAGAGGUCAAGGUGGCUGCAUGGAAGGAAUUUCUCGCUAGGCAAUCGAAAGCUGCGAUGAGAAGGACUCAGUCGGCAGACAAGCGAUAA